GAUUGGUCGACAGCCUUGCCGGCAGCGGGUGUUGAAGAUGGCGUCGGGCGGAGCGGCGCCGGGGUCGGAGGGGAGAGGCACAAAGGUCCGGCCACUAGCAGGGUCACUUAUGCACACCUCCUCCAUGGACACAAGGACCAUGUUCCUGUUGCUGCAGUCCGUCAUCGAGGACAAUGUCCACUUCUUCCAGGAGAACCCGUCAGAGACCUCUCGUCGCUUCAUUUCUGCCUUCAGCCAGAUCCAAGAGGACACACGUGGGCUGCAGCCUCUGAUGCUUGCCUUUGCGGGAUCCUUCGCUGCCUUCGACUUCGACGAGCGAACGCCUGCCAACGGGUACCGCAGCCUGAUGAAGGUGGUUCGGGCUUGCAUCCUCCACAUUAUCCACAAGGCCCGCUACAUCGCUGCCAACCGCCGCAGCAUUUUCUUCCGCACAAGCCACAACCUGAUGGAGAUCGAGGCCUACAGCUCAGCGCUGAGGCAGCUCCGUGCCCUGCUCUACUUUGCCCAGAAGCUGCUUGCCGACAGCAGGCAGGGCAACCUUUUCUCCGACGAGGAAAGGGGCCUGUCUGAGGAGUUCCUCCGUGAGUCCAACUCCAUGCACAAGGGCUGCUUUUACGGCCGAUGCUUGGGCUUCCAGUUUACACCUUCCAUCCGACCCUUCCUCCAAACUAUCUCAAUCGGCCUGGUGUCAUUCGGAGAGAAUUACAGGAGGCGUGAAACCAGCUUGGGCAUGGCUGCCACUUCCAUCUUCACCAGUGGGAAGUACGCCAUUGAUCCUGAGCUGCGUGGUGCUGAGUUCGAACGACUCACGCAGAACCUAGACGUGCACUUCUGGAAGGCCUUCUGGAACAUCACCGAGACCGAGAUCCUUGCGUCAUUGGUGACCCUCACGUCCACUACUGUACGCGUGAACAAGAUUCUCUCCAUCCCACCCAACCACCUUGAGUUGCCUCUACUGGUGGACCCUAACCUGAUGGUGACGAUUACACCUCCUGUAGCUCACUCUGGACCAGGACCUGUGCAGAUGAGGCUCAUUUCCUACGAGCUACGAGAAGGACAGGAGAGCGAUGAGCUCAACUGCUUCUGCAAGCCAGAGGCACAAAACCACCUUGACAAGCGGCUGAAGAGCAAGGUGGAGCCGCGGUCCAGGUUCCUGAUCGUCCAUUUCCACGGUGGAGGGUUUGUGGCUCAAACAUCCAAAUCACACGAGCCUUACCUGAGGAGCUGGUCCCACGAGUUGGCCUCACCGAUUCUGUCCAUCGAUUACUCCCUGGCACCCGAAGCCCCCUUCCCUCGGGCCCUCGAGGACUGCUUUUUUGCAUACUGCUGGGCAGUGAAAAACUGCCAUUUGUUGGGCUCGACGGGAGAACGGAUCUGCCUGGCAGGUGACAGCGCAGGUGGGAACCUCUGCAUCACCGUCUGCAUGCAGGCUGCUUCCUAUGGCGUCCGACUGCCGGACGGCAUUAUGGCUGCCUACCCAGCCACCCUGCUCCAGGCCACUGCCUCGCCGUCCCGUCUCCUCACCUUCAUCGAUCCACUGCUGCCACUCAGCGUCCUCUCCAAGUGCCUCAGUGCCUAUGCAGGUCUGGAGCCAGCAGCCAACUCCUCGUCGUCAUCUUCCUGCACUUCAUGCACCCCGGAGAAGGUAGACCCCUUCAGGGCAGUACGCAACGACACAGCCCUGAUCCUGAGGGAGAUACGCCUGGGGGCAUCAGCCUGGAUCAACUCCCUGCUCGAGACCCACAGGGUGGGCGGCAGACCCGUGGCGUUGCAGUGGUGGGCUUACCUCAGGCGACCUCUGAACCUCUUGGUACUUCUGCUACGUCUCAAGAGGCCUGUGGUAUCUAACUGUCUAGCUUCUGCAUUUCAGCACCACUCAGGCCAUGCUCUGUCCUCACCACUGCCUCAGGAAAGAGACGCACUGAGGAAGAGCUGCUCGGAGGCUGCACUCAGCAGACCGUGCACCAGUGGCUCCUUGCUGAACUCCCAGCAUGACUACGUGAUGAGCAGGACCUGCGAAGAGGAGUCCAGCCCCUCCUCCAGCGAGGGGGAGCUGGUGGCCGGAGUGGUCGACGGCAGGAGCGGGGCAAGGCCAAGCCUCAAGUUGGGUGCCGAGGACGAGGAGGAGGAGGAGUGGACCACCGGGGCAUGCAAGUUCCCCGAGGGGUUCCAGCCUCUACGCAGUGGCUCAGGGAACAUUGAGUUGCAUAUGUCUGCCAUUGAGAGCAACCCCUUCAUGUCCCCUCUGCUGGCCCCUGACCACAUGUUGAAGGGACUACCGCCUGUACACAUUGUGGCCUGUGCACUGGACCCGAUGCUGGAUGAUGCAGUGAUGUUUGCCCGGCGACUACGGGCGGUGGGACGGCCGGUGUCACUGCGAGUAAUUGAAGACCUGCCACACGGUUUCCUCAGUCUGGCCCCGCUCUGCCGGGAAACCAGGGACGCCUCCCGUCUCUGCGUGGAGAAGAUACGCGAGGUCUUGCAAGACCAAGGACAGGUCGGAAGCCGAGCCCCAGGUCACGAAGCCGAUCGACUGGGUGAUGGGGCCUUGGAAGAUAGAUAGCCCUUCCCCUUUGGCUCAUUGGCGUGGACCCCAACCCCAGGUGCAGGCGACUGUGAACAGCCGAGAGACGGAGAUGCGCCUCGCGUCCCGGGGUGUCAAUGCUCGCACUGAGGCGGGUUUCGACCCCUCCUGAACUCCGGCCACUGGGUGCUUCUGUUCGUGGAUCGCUGUCGAAGUCUGAGACGCUGGAGAGGGACUGAAUGCAGGAAAUCCAGAGCAACACAGAUACACACAGAAAGUACUGCAUGAACUCAGCGGGUCUGGCAGUGUCUGUGGAGGGAACAUGGAUAAGCGACGUUUUGAGUUGAGACCCUAACUCGGGACUGUGUUGCUCAGACUCCUGAAUAAAGUGGGAUGGGGUUGGGAGUGUGCUGGAAAUGCGUUUGGUCCAAAGUACCAGACGCUUCCCCGCGCUCUGCGGCGGGGCCAUGACACACUAAUUCAUCGGGUCCCGGCUUGACCUCCCUACCUGAGACAGGGGGUGAGCGUGCGGAUGACCACCCACCCCCCCCCCGCCCCCGACUAUCGCAGGGCACUGCUAUCAGACACAAGUCCGUGGUUCUGUGUGUCUGUGAAUGCAGCUGUGGCGGAUCGUCUGUGUGCACCCACUCUGCGUUUGGGCUUCUCAUUUCUGUCUAAUGGUCUGUGCCUGUGUGUCAGUCUCUGUGGUUCCGUUUGGCUGAACAUGUGCGUCAGUGUGUGUCUGGCUCUGCAUUCACCAGUGCGCUUGCUUGUGUGCAACUGUAUUUGUGCCUGUAAAUCUGUAGUCAUUUGACCAAGUCUGUGUUUGUCUGUUUGCAAGCCUGUCUGUACUUCAGUUUGUGUUUGUCUGUGCAUUUAACUGACUUGACGUUUGCCUGCUCAAGCCUGCACUGUGUGCGAGUGUUUCUUUGUGUGUGAGAGUCCGUGUACGAAUUUGUGUUUUAUGACCUUAAGAGAUGGGAGCAGAAUUAGGCCAUUCAGCCCAUUGAGUCCACUUGCUUUUGAAUGCUCGAUUCCACGUGGCUGUUUCUCUGUUCACAAGCAACAGCUAAGUGCUUCUCUCUCUCCCUCCCUCUCUCUCUCUCGCUGUCUCCCUCUCUCUCUCACCCUCUCUGUCUCUCUCACUCUCUCACACACACACACACACACAGAGUAUGGGUGUAUCCAAUUCUGUGAUAAUGGUUCAUCUGUGUGUAUGCCUGCCCACGUGGUAGUCAGUUCUAGGCAUGGUUUGUCCUCAAGUUCUCUCCACCGGAGCUCACUUUCUUGCUGUGUGGAUUCCUAUAGGCGUCUGAAUCAGCGUUUCUCCCCGUGUCUGCGAACGUCACUCUGUGAAUGUAGGGGCCUGACACUCACGCUGGUUUUUACGCGUGGGUCCCUCUGUGGGUGCAUGAACUUCCACACGUGUUCAUCUGUGGAGUUCUCCUUGUCAUGAGUCUGUGUGCAUUGGCAUUGCAUACUGAUUAUUGGG